GCAGACCUGAUAGCGGACCAUCAGCGACGUGAACUCACCCUUUCUUCGUCUUUAAUCGUGUGUGAUCUCAGGAUGGUUUGCAGAUGAAGGAUAAUUAAGCAGCACUUGUGUUAGUGGAGCAGCUCCAGCGCUCUUCUCAGACAUCAUCUCUUUUUAUUCUUCCUUUGUUCUGCUGAAAGUGAACGAAUGAUCAAAUCUAUCCGGAGGCAGUAAUAUGAACUUUCUGCCAAGUGGAAUAUGUUUAUAUUUGUCUGUGGCAACCUGCUGGUUCACAUCAAGGGUCGACUCUUCCUGGUGGUACAUGGGCACUCUGGGCUCGCAGGUGAUGUGCGACAACAUCCCGGGUCUGGUGAGUAAACAGCGGCAGAUGUGCAGACAGCAUCCCGGGGUCAUGCAGGCGAUCAGCGGCGGAGUGAACGAGUGGAUCAGCGAGUGUCAGCACCAGUUCCGUCAUCACCGCUGGAACUGCAACACUGUGGCGAGGGACCAUAAUGUGUUCGGCAAACUCCUGCACCGCAGCAGCCGUGAGGCCGCCUUUGUGUACGCCAUCUCCUCAGCAGGCAUGGUCCACACAUUGACCAGAGCCUGCAGUCAGGGUGAGCUAGACUCUUGCUCCUGCGACCCUGGAAAGAAGGGCUCAUCACACGAUGCCAAAGGCCCCUUUGAUUGGGGUGGCUGUAGUGACCACGUGGACCAUGCCAUAAAGUUCACCCAGGCGUUUGUUGAUGCCAAGGAGAAGAAGGAGAGAGAUGCACGAGCACUCAUGAACCUGCACAACAAUCGUGCAGGAAGGAGGGCAGUGAAACGUUUCAUGACACUGGAAUGUAAAUGCCAUGGUGUGAGUGGGUCCUGCAACAUUCGGACAUGCUGGCUAGCCAUUGGUGACUUUAGACAGACGGGUGACUACCUGCGCAAGAAGUACAACAGCGCCACCCAGGUAGUAAUGAACCGUUAUGGGACAGGCUUCACCAUUGCCCACAGGAAGUUCAGGAAGCCCACAAAGAAUGAUCUGGUAUACUUUGAGGACUCGCCUGACUACUGCAUAUGGGAUCACGAAUCUGGGUCAGUGGGCACAGGUGGGCGCGUGUGUAACAGGACUUCACACGGAGCUGACAGCUGUGAGGUCAUGUGUUGUGGGCGGGGAUAUGACACUUCCCGUGUGAGUCGCAGCACCAAGUGUGAGUGCAAGUUCCAUUGGUGCUGCACUGUCCACUGCAGAGACUGCCACGAAGAGGUGGACGUCCACACAUGCAAAGCCCAAUCAUGACCACUGUCAACUGCAGUCUUGAGAGACAUAUGAUGGUUAUUACAAAGCGUCUUUUUGUAGCACGGGACUGAUCCAGGAUCAGGUUUUUGUGACUAGCAUUAUUGUUCAUGAGGGCUAUCCUAGUGCAGGUAAGGAACUGCACCUUCAUUUAGCACACAUACUAAUAUACUUUAUAAAUCUUAGCCAUCUCAUUUAAGGCUUUGGGAGAUAAUAUUAGAACCAAUCAUUUAAAACUAGUACAAAAUAAAUGAGCCGAAGGCUUCAAGAGGUUGACUAAAGUAAUAGCCAUCAACAACAACCGACAACAUAUCUGU